AACAUAACCCCAUCCUGCUCCGCUCGAUGAUCUUUCCUCCAGGAGAGGGUUGAAGAUGGCGCUCACCUGCCUGUUCCGGGCCGCCGUGUUUGCCGUCUGUCUGGGUGGCUGGGACUGGGGCUGACCCUCGCCCUGUGAUCAGAACUGUGGGACAAAUGGCCUUGUUACCUACUGGGAUGGCUAUUGGACCACAUGUUACUGAGGUGGUGUGGAAACGGUUACCCAAUAUCAGGAUAGCGGAAUACUCAAAGAACAACAUUGAAUACUUUGGUACUAUGGAGUACAAAAAACGGGUAACUUUUAAAGUUGGGAAAUAUGAACUGGAAAUUCGUGAUCUACGGAUAGAAGACACUGCUGAUUACGAGGUGAUUUUUGUAACAAAUUCAGGAUCUGAAAUUCUAACGAGAGUCCGACUGGAGGUGUACGAGCAAAUAUCAGGAACACAGGUCAAGGCAAAGAACAUCACCAGUAUCUGCAACUUCUUCCUCCUGACCUGCUCCGUGACCUUGGGCAACCCCACCAGAUUCAGUUGGUGGAAGAACAGUGAACCUCUGGGAAACUACAGCAUCCAUUACUUCCAGGAAAACAGAGAGACGGUAGAGAUUCAUCACAGUGGAGCGGACGCGGGCAUUGUGUACAAGUGCGAGGCCAGUAACCCAAUCAGUAAGAACAAAGCAGAGAUCCUGCUGAAGGACAUCUGUGAACACCCUGCUACAGGAUUGCGGUGGUGGGUGAUAAUGCUGAUCGCCAUUGGGGUUCUGAUUGCGAUUAUUGGAGUCCUCUUCAUCACAUACCGCUGCAUACUGAGUGCAAGACAUGGGACAUGGGCCGAGCUGCGUGCCAGCUGGGUCGACUGGCGCCAAGAAGAUCCAAAGAGCCGUGCUUCAUUCUGCACCUUCUUGUGGAAUCCAAAGUCAGUCAUCUAGCUUGGCCAGAACAAUAGGAUGAACAGGAACGAAAUGGCGGAGAUGCUGUGAUUGAAGAAUGGAUUGGACGUGGUUCGUUAAAUUCCAGCAGUUAAGCAGAUAGAGAGACCCCAGUCACAGACACCGCCUGGGAAGAGACACCAGCUCAGUCACCCCUUGACAGAGAGACUCCAACUCACGGACAUCUGCUACCUCCAUUGGGCAGUGAGUGCCUCUGCAUGUGCCCAGUUACUGGGAAACGAUGCCCAUCUCCAGUGCAAAGGGAGGAUGAUAGGAGUGAGUUUCCCUCCGACUGGAACCUCGAUCAUUUUCUCAUUGGGCCGCUUAGGAGAAACCGUGUUCAACACCAGGGGUUCUACAGUGACCAGUGGUGACCCCACCCCCAGUCUCCCUGACUCUCUGUCCCAGACUGUGGUUUGUUACCAUACCUGCUCUGCUCAUUGUUACUGACCGUAUCUCCACUGAUGUUCCACAGACGCUCCAGGGACAUUCGUCCCAGUUUUAGUUUUCAUUUAUUUACAUCCCGGGGGAAAGUGCCGGAGUUCAGGACCGAGUGAGGAACCAAAAGAAAAUUCCAGGGAGACUCGAAAGCAGACAAACUGCUGGAGUAACUCAAUGGGCCAGGCAGCAUCUCUGGAGAGAAGGAAUGGGUGACGUUUCUGGUCGAGACCUCACCCAGGUUCUGGCACACCUCUCCCCAUGGUUAUGAGAAGAGGCCUUGGACUGUCUACACCUCCCUAAAGCUGCUGGGUCCCUCUCUCUAGGGCUGAAGCAGGGUCACCUAUUGCCAAUGGCUUAUUGCUGAUGUUUUACGUUCUCUGCCAACACUAACCAGUGAACAUUUCAUCAGUGAAGGCACUCUUGCACAGCCUUUCAUUACCUGAUGAUGUGGUGCAUCAGACACUGGGAACAUUAUUCACCUGUUCACUGUCACACAUUGAGUGGUUCUGAUUUUUAUGUAUUUCAUGAAUCUAGAUAUUUUAUAAUAAAAUCCCUAAGAGUUUCUUCCAAA